AUGGAGAAGGAAUACUACACUGGCGCUGCAGAGUGGGAAGGCACCGAGACGAACGCGGAAGAUGCUUACGUAGACGAUGGAGUAAUCCAGGAAGACUGUUUGACUAAGUUUUCCAGCAGGGACUACAUCAUGGAGCCUGCAAUCUUCAACACCCUCACAAGGUAUUUCCGAGCAGGUGGCUCUCCAGAACAUGUCAUCCAGCUUCUGUCAGAAAACUACUCUGCUGUGGCUCAGACUGUUAACCUGCUGGCAGAGUGGCUCAUUCAAAUGGGUGUGGAGCCUGCUCAGGUCCAAGAGAGAGUAGAAAACCACCUGAAGAGUCUCCUGAUAAAACACUUUGACCCGCAGAAAGCAGAUUCCAUUUUCACUGUGGAGGGAGAGACUCCAGCUUGGCUGGAACAGAUGAUUGCCCACACAACAUGGAGAGACCUGUUCUAUAAGCUGGCAGAAGCUCACCCUGACUGUCUGAUGCUCAACUUCACUGUGAAGCUUAUUUCAGAUGCUGGGUACCAGGGAGAGAUCACCAGCGUGUCCACUGCAUGUCAACAGCUGGAGGUUUUCUCUCGGGUGCUGCGGACAUCUUUGGCCACACUGUUGGACGGGGGAGAGGAGAACCUGGAGAAGAACCUGCCAGAGUUUGCUAAGAUGGUGUGUCAUGGCGAGCACACAUACCUUUUUGCCCAGGCGAUGAUGUCCAUCUUGGCCCAGGAGGAACAGGGGGGAUCUGCUGUCCGCAGGAUUGGCCAAGAGGUGCAGAAGUCUGCACAUGAGAGAGGACACGAUGCCAGUCAGAUAACCCUUGCUCUGGGCACAGCGGCGGCCUACCCUCGUGCAUGCCAAGCCCUCGGUGCCAUGUUGUCUAAAGGAGCCUUGAAUCCUGCUGACAUCACAGUCCUGUUUAAGAUGUUCAGCAGCAUGGACCCUCCCCCUGUAGAGCUGAUCAGAGUCCCUGCUUUUCUGGACCUGUUCAUGCAGUCACUCUUUAAGCCAGGAUCAAAGAUCAACCAAGACCAUAAACACAAAUACAUCCACAUCCUGGCCUACGCAGCAAGUGUGGUGGAGACAUGGAAAAAGAACAAGCGAGUGAAUAUAAACAAAGAUGAGCACAAGUCUACUUCAAAGGCCAUAGAGACGGUGCACAACCUGUGCUGCAAUGAGAACAAAGGAGCCACAGAGCUGGUGGCUGAACUCGGCACGUUGUACCAGUGCAUCCGUUUCCCAGUUGUUGCCAUGGGGGUUUUAAAGUGGGUGGACUGGACGGUUUCUGAGCCACGAUACUUCCAGCUGCAGACUGAUCACACCCCGGUACAUUUAGCUCUGCUGGAUGAGAUCUCCACGUGUCACCAGCUGCUGCACCCACAGGUGCUGCAGCUGCUCAUCAAACUCUUUGAGACCGAGCACUCUCAGCUGGACGUAAUGGAGCAGCUGGAGCUGAAGAAGACUCUGCUGGACCGGAUGGUUCACCUGCUGAGCCGUGGCUACGUCCUGCCUGUAGUUGGUUACAUCCGCAGGUGUCUGGAGAAACUCAACACGGAUAUUUCUCUCAUUAGAUACUUUGUGACUGAGGUGCUGGAUGUGAUUGCGCCUCCCUACACAUCGGACUUUGUUCAGCUGUUCCUCCCGAUCCUGGAGAACGACAGCAUCGCAGGGACGAUACGCACAGAGGGCGAACACGACCCUGUUGCCGAGUUCAUCGCUCAUUGCAAGUCAAACUUCAUCAUGAUCAACUGACGUGGAAGUGGAAACCUGUGAGUAACGCGUGAGUACAAACAUGGACUAACUGUGACAGGAGAUCUGGGAUCUCUACACUAAGUGGUCUGCAGGAGGCAUAUCACUGAGAUGGACCAUUUAUUUUCACCAAGUGAAUGAGAAUUUUUUUUUACUCUUAAGCACUGUGUUGUUGGACAGAGACUGGUUUGACAGAAGAUGCAGCUACAUGUUGUUGUUUUUUUUUUUUGUCAAAGAAGGCAAAGUGAUAUUAGCAUUUUAAAUUCUCUGUCUGUCCUGUGUUCUAUGUUGGGUUGGUAACAGGUAACCUGUGGUACUGCAGCCAGCCCUUGUUUCUUUUUUUUUUUUUUUGUUUUAAAUUGCUUUGUAAAAAAAACUAAAUUUAUGUUUUUGAGCAGGGUUCUGACACUCCUGGCCCGUGGGCCACACUGUACCUUUACCGUGUAUUUAUGUGGCUCUUAAAAUAAUUUAUCUGAAUGUUUAAUGUUUACAGGAAACAUUGUGAAUGAUAAAAAAAUAAUUAUCUGGUGGGAGACUGGUGUUCAAGUCUACAGUGGUUCAGCAUUAAAACAUUUUGUUGAAAUGGAUGUUAACAUAAGUUAGCAGAAUAAAUUGAGUUACGACCAGGAAAACUGUACUGGAAUGUUGUCCUUUGACGAUGAACAAAGUGGCCUUUAGUGAAGGUUGAGAACCCUGCUUUAGUCAAUUUGUUUUAAAUUAAAUUGUCUGCAUCAAAUGAUAA